UUUUUGGGUUAUUGGUAGGCCAAGGCCUUUCUGAAACACACAGAAUCGAAUGAAUGUUUUCGAAACGAAAAACUUAAAAUCAACUUGGAAGUGAAGAAAGGAGGCGCGCAGGAAAAUAUUCUGCAGAAAUUCCAUAUUCACUAGUAUUCACUAUUGACUAUUGAGUCGUAAACAACUUCUGAGAGGACAGUUGUGAAUUUCCGAAAAAAAGUGAGAACUCUUGUUUGUGACUAUCUCUCGUUCGCAGCUCCGGAGUUUCCACCAAGUGCAGGGACGUUGAAUGGAGGACUCAGCCGACGUCAAGGCCAAGAAGGCUGGGGCUCGCCUGUGCUGCCUCUGUCAUCAGAAAAAAGCUGCCCUGAAGAGGCCCAAAACCCUAGAGCAGAUUUGCAGGGAGUGUUUCUAUGAGGUAUUUGAGGAGGAGAUCCAUCAGGUAAUUGUCGAAAACCAGUUAUUUAAGCCUGGUGAGCGCAUUGCCCUUGGCGCCUCUGGUGGGAAAGAUUCCACUGUCCUUGCUUAUGUGUUAUCGGAAUUGAAUAGGCGGCACAAUUACGGCCUGGAUCUCUUCCUGUUGUCAGUGGAUGAGGGCAUUACUGGCUACAGGGAUGAUUCUCUUGAGACCGUCAAAAGAAAUGAAAUCCAGUACGGUUUGCCUCUGAAAAUAGUCUCGUACAAGGAUUUGUAUGGGUGGACCAUGGAUGAAAUAGUUAAGAUGAUUGGUCUCAAGAAUAAUUGCACCUUCUGUGGUGUUUUUCGUCGUCAGGCCCUCGAUCGUGGUGCUGCAUUGUUGAAGGUAGACAAGAUCGCUACUGGACAUAAUGCAGAUGAUAUUGCUGAAACAGUUCUGUUGAACAUAUUACGAGGUGACAUUGCAAGAUUGAGUAGAUGCACUUCAAUUGUCACUGGUGAAGAUGGACCAAUUCCAAGAUGCAAACCUUUUAAAUACACUUUUGAGAAAGAGAUUGUUAUGUAUGCAUAUUUCAAGAGGCUGGACUACUUCUCCACCGAAUGCAUUUAUUCACCCAAUGCUUAUCGUGGUUUUGCUCGUGAGUUCAUCAAGGAUUUGGAAAGAAUCAGACCUAGAGCCAUACUUGACAUCAUCAAAUCAGGAGAGAACUUCAGAAUUUCCACUUCUACAAAAAUGCCAGAGCAGGGGACAUGUGAACGGUGUGGUUACAUUUCAAGCCAGAAAUGGUGUAAGGCCUGUGUUUUGCUUGAGGGGCUGAAUAGGGGUUUGCCAAAGCUGGGAAUUGGACGGACUCGUGGACUUAAUAACGAUGAUAAGAAGGAUACAAAGAAAAAUAAUGGAACCAAAAGCAUCGAAAGCAAACAGUGUGGAACUUUGGACUUCUGAUAUAACCUGCAAGGCUAUUGAAUAAAUGUAUGAUAGUCUCAGUAUGGCUAAGGGAAGUAUUUCAAAGACCAAAAUGAGUACUUCAAUGUUCCAUGUGGCUAUUGUGACGAGACGAGAAUGAUAAAGACACCCAAAAGAGUUGCCAGAGGAACGGACUUCAUCUUUCCUCGUGUCCGGACAAGUUGCAGAGUAGAAAGACCGGUGGAGAUUCCAUAUCACCUGUAAUUUGGUAGUAUUGCAGGAAAUUCUUUGCAACUCUUGUAAUGGUUUUGAUGUAGUGGGUAAAAUUACUUUUUUUUCGGUAUCAGAUCGUAAGAGGCCUGAGGUGUUUUGAAUUUUACUAACUCUAAUCAUGUAAUUUUGGUUUUGGCCCUCGAGUAUUUGUAGGCCAAGUUGUACUUGUAUACCCUACUUCAAGCGUGUAGUAGCUUCCAAUUUUGUCAGAAGAUUUUCAGCAAUGAAAAGAUUUGAGUUUUCUAUACUGUAUGUACGCUAUUUGUAAAUUAUAUCCGUGGUUUCGAAAAAAAAAAAAGAGAAAAAAAACAGGAAGAGCUUGGCAAAAAAAAAUUUCAAUUUGACAAACCCAAAAAAAAAACACUUGUUUUGAAACCAGGGAUAUCAUUUCUGUUCUUAAAAAGAAAUAAUCCGUAAAAAUUGCUGAUAAGAAGAAAUUGAAAAAAAAUAAUCUGAAAACAAUAGCUGCCUGUCCCAUAUAUUUUCCUUGAAGAAAAAAAAAGCUGCAUAUUUAAGCCUCAUAUUUUAUUUUGGGGUGUCGUCUCGCUCUCGCAGCUCUCUGAGUAACAGUCUAAAUUUACGUCGUUAUGGCAUCAUCGGCACCGCCAAGCUCAGCCGCCCAAAACCCAGCGAAGUCGUUGGGUUUUAUUGCAACCGCUAUGAAGCGGAAGGACAGCUUCAUUCAGUUCUUCGCAAUGACUGGAAUUUUGCUGCUGAGCGUCAGAUCGCUGGGCCAAAAGUAUCGCCUCCACGACCUUCGCGAGGACACCUCGGCUCUUAAGGAGGAGCAAGAAGCCCUUGCCAACCGCAUGAACAACAUAAAGCGCGAUCUCCUCCACGAGGCCUCUCUCGAGCCCACUGGUCUCUUCGCUUCUAGGCUUCGCCUUCUCUUUGGCGAACGAGAGUGAUCGCACUGUGAGUUGAUGUUCUGAGGAUUCCUUCUCUUUCUCGUCACUCUAGGUAGUUAUUCGGAAAGGGAUGCGAAAUUUAACCCGAAUUUGAUAAAUUGGAUGCUCAAUUCAGUGGUUUCUUGUUUCUUACUUGUUGUCAACCUAGGGUUUUGUAUCCUUAUUUCGUAUUCCUGUGAGUUUAGGAUUUUGACGCAGACUGUAUACUGUUUCGUGAUCGAUUUUCGCUUAGGUUAGUUUGUUUAGUGGAACGUGACAAGGAAGUAAUCUUUCAAAUAAAUUGUUGAACACUGAGCUUAAUUUACAUUUUCUUUUUCA